AUGGCAGCAAAGAACGUCCUCCGCAGGGCGAUGCUCUACGUUCCCGGCUCAUCCCAACGCUUCCUUGACAAAUCACGCAGCCUCACCGCAGACUGUAUAGCCUACGACCUCGAAGACAGCGUCACGCCAGGCAAAAAGGCCGAGGCACGACACGCCGUGCGCAAAGCACUCGACACAGAGAUUCCCAGCGGUAUCAAAGAGCGGGCAGUGCGGAUAAACAGCGUGGGCUCCGGCCUCGCCUUGGGGGAUCUCGAAGAGGUGGUCAAGUCACCGAAUCUGACGACAUUGGUGGUACCCAAGGUGGAAAGCGCGAGCGAUUUGACCUUCAUCAGCGAUGUGCUCGCCCACUCGCGAUCCAAGGACUUCCUACAGGAAAAGGGCCAGAUAUCGAUACUCGCGUUGAUCGAGAGCGCAAAGUCUCUGAUGAAUUUGAAUGAGAUCUGUAAAGCGGCACCACACCUGCUGCAGGGCUUGGUCUUCGCGGCCGAGGACUUUGCGCUGGACAUGAGCAUCACGCGCACGCCUUCGCUGACGGAGAUGCUCUUCGCGAGACAAGCCAUCGCCACGGCCGCGCGGGCACAUAACUUACCCUCGACGAUCGAUCUUGUCGCCACGGCGUAUAAAGGCGAAGGCGACGACUCGCUACUGCAGCGAGAGUGCGAGGAGGGCAAAAGAAUGGGCUAUAAUGGUAAGCAAUGUAUUCAUCCGAGUCAGGUGGCGACGGUGCAGAAAAUCUACUCGCCGAGUCAGGAGGAGGUCGGGUGGGCGGUCCGGAUCGUCAUCGCUCAGAAGAGAGCAGAGGAGUUGGGCAAGGGCGCGUGGAGCAUGGAUGGGAAGAUGAUUGAUGCGCCGGUCGAGGGGAAGGCCAGAAGGAUCGUGCAGAAGGCCGAGGUCAUCGGGUUUGAUGUCGAGAGUUUGAGGCAGAAAUAUAAGGAUCAGCAGCCCGAAUGA